GCGAUUUGUUUUAUAAUUGAGUUUUAUACUUUGAAAGAAUAAUUAAAUUCCAAACUGUUUAUAAUAAUAUGGAUCUAAAUUCAAUUAUCCGAUUUGAAUCAAUUUGUGGUGAAUCAAUUCUAUGGAAUGUCAAUUCAACUUGGAAUUCAAAUGUUCCUAAAUUGUCUCGAUGUUUUCAUACUACGAUUCUCAAUUGGCUACCAGCUUGUUUUCUUUGGUUAUUUUCCAUCUAUGAAAUUAGACAAACGCUUAAAAUACAGAGACAAUUGAUUCCUCGAAACUGGAUUAACACGUGCAGAUUAAUAUUGUCCACUUCGAAUAUCCUUGUAAAUGGUUUACAAUUAGUCAACCUAAUCUACAGAUAUUUUAAUUCACCUGAUCCAUCAGCUGCUUCGGAUUUUAUCUCUUCGUUAAUUAAUGUUAUCUCAUUCACAUUGAUAAGUCUCUUAUUCCAUUACCAUCGCUUACAUGGUAUUCACACAAGUGCCAUCAUAUGGAUAUACUUUUUCCUGCAAACAAUUUGCACUUUUCUAAUCGCUUAUUCGACUUGGGUUGAUUCUUCAGAAUAUAAUAUGACAGAGGUCGUAUUGAUGAAUAUCUAUUUCGUAUUAAACCUUCUUCUAUUUAUCAUAACUUCGUUUGCUGAUAAAGCGAUUCCAUUAUCCAGUGAGAAAGUCGACAAAUCCAGUAAUAAGUAUAAUCCGGAAAACGAAGCCUCUUUUCCAAGUGUUUUACUUUUUUGGUGGUUCAACAAAAUGGCCAUUUUGGGCUGGAAAACCUCGCUGACUACUAACGACUUGUGGGAACUUAGAAGUGAUCUGAAAACGGAAAAUCUUAUUAAAGCUUUUGAUACAAAAUUAAAUGAAAAACAGAAAAGACUAUCAAGAGUAAACUAUAAUGCAAAUGAGCAAUUAGCGCAACCCAAUCAAACUUUCAGAGUAAAAGUGAACAUUAUCCCGAUUCUUAUCAAAGUUUAUGGCGGAUAUCUCUUGAGUGGAGCCUUAUUCAAAUUGGCUCAAGACGUACUUUCAUUUAUUACCCCACAAUUAUUGAAGUUAUUAAUUGCAUUCACAAAGAACCAAUCAAGUGAACCCAUUUGGCAUGGAUUUUUAAUUGCAGUUGGAAUGUUCAUCAUCUCAUUAAUUGAAACCAUUUUCACCAAUCGUUAUUAUUAUAGCAUGUUUACUCUUGGAAUGAGAGUGACUUCCACUUUAACUGCGGCAAUUUACAAGAAAUCACUGAAUCUUAGCGACAAAGCAAACAAACAAGUAACUUCCGGAGAAGUUAUUAAUCUAAUGUCCGUCGAUGCCAAACGAUUUCUAGAUCUACUUCCUUUUCUGAAUCUAAUCUGGUCUGCACCCUUGCAAAUUAUUCUGGCUAUUUGGUUUCUCUAUGCUGAACUAGGAUAUUCCUCAUUCUUUGGUCUGGGUGUGAUGGUGGUGAUGAUGCCGAUCAAUGGAAUUACUGUUCAUUGGUGUCAAAAGUUUCAAGUAAAAUUCAUGGAGCAAAAAGACGAGAGAGUCAAGUUCAUGAAUGAAAUUCUAAGCGGGAUAAAGAUUAUCAAAUUAUAUGCUUGGGAAAAUUCAUUUUUAAAAAUUGUCAAUAAUCUACGAAAGAAAGAGUUGGGCCACUUGAAAAGAUUGAGUUACUUGGAAAAUUUCAGUUCGUUCUUGUGGCUUUGCUCUCCGAUGAUGGUGUCGGUGGCCACUUUCGCUGCUUAUGUGUUGAUCCAAAAAGAAUCACUGACAGCAGAAAAGGCAUUUGUUUCUCUUUCGCUGUUCCAUCUACUCCAAUUUCCUUUAUCUAUGCUACCUGAGCUUUUGUCGUACUUCGUCAUGACGUCCAUAUCUGUAAAAAGAAUUAAUAAAUUUCUUAGCUACGAGGAUCUUGAUCCUUAUGUAACAAGAAACGAAGAAGUUUGUGAGAUCUCGAUUGAAGAUGGAUACUUCAAAUGGAACAAGAAAAAGCAAGAAGAUGAAAGUUCAGAAAAUGGCGACUUUUCCAAUUUGAUUAAAGAAGAUCAAUUAAGUACUAACCUCAAAUCUUUGGUGAAGGAAAUUCCGACAUUGCAAAAGAUAAACAUGCAAGUAAAACCUGGUUCACUCGUAGCAAUCGUCGGUUCUGUUGGUAGUGGGAAAAGUUCAUUGUUGAGUGCGAUUCUCGGUGAGAUGGAGAAAAUAUCUGGACGAAUUAAUAUCAAUGGAAAAUAUUCAAUUGCCUAUGUGGCUCAACAAGCAUGGAUUCAGAAUAGUUCAUUGAAAAACAACAUCUUAUUUGGUUCUCCAUUUGAUAAGAUUAAAUAUAAUCGGGUAAUUUCUGCUUGUGCAUUAGAACCUGAUAUCGCUUAUCUACCUGGAGGAGAUGAAACGGAAAUCGGUGAGAAAGGAAUUAACCUUUCGGGUGGACAGAAACAACGAGUUAGUCUUGCUCGUGCUUGCUACAGUGAUUCUAAUCUGUUCAUUUUAGACGAUCCAUUAAGUGCUGUCGAUGCUCAUGUAGCUAAACAUAUUUUCAAAAAAGUUCUAAGCUCAAAGACUGGAAUUUUAAAGAAUAAAACUCGAGUUCUGGUCACCAACAAGUUGGACCUUUUAUCUAAAGUUGAUAGUAUUUAUGUUCUAACUAAUGGUCAGAUUACUGAGAGUGGAACAUAUAACCAAUUAAUGGAAGCUAAAGGAGAAUUUUCUGAUCUUGUUGAACAAUUUACAAAUAGAACAGUUGAAAAUGAUAAUGAACAGCAUGAAGAAUUAAUUAACAGUAAAUCUGCUUUGAAAAAAGAUUCUGUUAAAUUGCAAGAAUCAAUUAAAGACGAUAAAACGAAAUUGAUUGAAAAUGAAGAAUCGGAAACUGGUAAAGUUAAAUGGUCAGUUUACUUUGGAUACUUUGGAAUAGUUUCCAUCUUUUGGACAUCACUUAUCGUUUUAAGUCAUGGACUUUCAAAUGCAUUCCAAUUAGCUUCCGAUAUUUGGUUGGCCCAAUGGUCAAGUGAUUCGUCAACUCAAAACACAACUUUGUCCAGCACCGAAAUACGACUUGGAGUUUACAGUUUCUUGGGUCUCAUGAAAGGUGUUCUUACUCUUCUUGGUGCUUUGGCUCUUGUAAACGGUACGAUGAGAGCCUCGAGUGGAUUUCAUCGAAACCUCGCAAAUAAAGUGUUCCAAUUGCCGAUGUCCUUUUUUGACACCAAUCCUAUCGGUCGAAUCGUUAAUAGAUUUUCAAAGGAUAUUGAUGUGAUCGAUACGGGACUACCAAUGGUUCUAAAUCACUGGAUUUUAUGCCUAUUCGAAGUAAUUUCCGCCUGUAUCAUUAUUUGUAUCAAUACUCCUUUGUUCAUCAUUACUCUGAUACCAAUCACGAUAAUUUAUAUUUUCAUCCAACGUAUUUAUGUGUCAUCAUCCCGACAGCUUAAAAGACUCGAAUCGGUCACUCGAUCACCAAUUUAUUCACAUUUUGGCGAAACACUGAAUGGUGUUAGUACCAUUCGAGCUUUUAAUGUCUCCGAGAGAUUCAUUCGAGAAUCAGCUGAUAAAGUUGAUCACAAUAUUUCGUGUCUCUUUCCAAGCAUUGUAGCGAAUCGAUGGUUAAGUAUAAGACUAGAAUUCUGUGGAAGUCUUAUGAUUCUAUCAACUGCCGUUUUUGCGGUUCUUUCUCGAGGUUCUCUUGAUCCUGGAGCUGUUGGUCUCGCUGUUUCAUACGCUCUUAGUAUAACAGGGUCACUUAAUUGGCUUAUUCGAAUGGCUUCUGACCUGGAAACAAACAUAGUGGCCGUUGAGCGGGUUAUGGAAUAUUGUAAAUUAAAAGGCGAAGCUGAUUGGUAUCAAGGUAAAGUUAUGCCACCAGAAGAUUGGCCAUCAAAAGGAUCAAUUAAAUUCGAUAAAUAUGAAACUCGAUAUCGAGAAGGAACCGAAUUGAUUUUGAAAGGAAUUACAGGAGAAAUCAAAGGAUUGGAGAAGAUUGGAAUUGUUGGUCGAACUGGAGCUGGUAAAUCGACAGUUACUCUGUCAUUGUUUAGAUUAAUUGAAGGAUCAGGAGGAUCGAUUUCUAUUGAUGGUCUUAAUAUCAGCGAAUUACCUUUGCAUCCAUUGAGAUCUCGUCUUGCAAUUAUCCCUCAAGAUCCAGUCCUUUUUGGUGGAACCUUGAGAUUCAACUUGGAUCCAUUUGAUUGUUAUUCGGACAAUGAUAUUUGGGAUGCAUUGUCUCAUGCUCAUCUCAAACAAUUCGUUAAUAAUACUGGUCAAGGUCUUAAUUACCAAAUAGCUGAGGAAGGAAAAAAUCUUAGUGUUGGACAGAGACAAUUGUUGUGUUUAGCAAGAGCUUUACUAAAGAAACCAAAGAUUCUAUUUCUGGAUGAAGCAACUGCAGCGAUUGAUUUGGAAACCGAUUCAUUGAUUCAGAAAACAAUAAGAACACAAUUUAAAAAUUGUACCAUAUUAACGAUUGCUCAUCGUUUGAAUACAAUAUUAGACUCUGAUCGCGUGAUGGUCUUGGAUCGAGGUCAAAUCGCAGAAUUUGAUGAGCCCAAAGUGUUAUUAGAAAACGAAAAGUCAAUAUUCUAUUCAUUAGCUAAAGAAGCUAAUCUUGUCUCUUGAUUAUUUAGUAAUGUAAAUGAUCUAAAAACAAACAAUUAAACUGUUAGUCUCUUGAUUACUGGUUUAGAUGAAUUUUCCAUUAACCUCUAGUCAUGUUAAAAUGAUUUCAAAUAAAUUCUUAGUUUAAAAUGAUCAAUUAAUUGAAUGAUUGUGUGAGGAGAUCAACUUCUCUCCCCUGAUUGUAACCAUUUACAAUCAACAAUCAUCACCAACACACAAUCAACAAUAACAAUUGGUUGAUGAUGAUGAUUGUUGAUUGCUCAACAUUGUGUUGUAAUCAUCAUCAUCACCUUACCCUGACCCAACUGACCAUUGGUCAAAGAUAAGAUGAUGAUGAUGAAAAGACUCACUCUAAAUUUUGUAUAUAAGCAGAGACAAAAUGAAAUUAAAAUUAUGUUUACUUUGA